AUGAUGGAGGGUUUCUACCAGUCAAACCAGCUAUCUCCAGAGGAGGACCAGCAGCAAACACAUGCCCAGCCCGGCGUCCUAGGGAUGUCGAUUUCAGACGCUGCAAUCCAGCCUCAGCAGCUGCAAUCUGCGCUCAGUAACCAUAUGAUCGCCAACCAGACGGCUAUGCCCGGCGACCACAUGGGCGAUGCGAUGCGCCACCAUGAUAUACAGAGACGAAGAAGUAUGCCGCCCAAUGCCCACGGAAACCCCAUGAUCUCCGCGCCACAGGAUCCUCCGCCUCGCCGCAUGUCAACCAUCAGCCCCGGAGACAUGAUGGGAUUCGACACUCGAGCACCCGAUUUCAGCAGCUAUCAGUUUGACCCGGAAAUACCUGCCAACUUCCCCGACGUCGACGCCAGCGUCGGGAUGCAAGAUCAGAUUGGCAGUUACAUGGCGGACACCGGCAGCUUCCCUUCUAUAUCCCAGGAUAUCAUGGGCACAAUGAUGCCAACUCAAUUUGCGAGUAUGGACAUGGGAGGGAUAACAGCCGAACCUCAAGCUAUGGGUCUUUUCUCUGGGACUGGAGGCCAAGUUCCCGGUCUAACUGCCUCGCCUAUCAUUGGCCAGCUGAACGCAGGGCAGUUUGCGCCGGGCGAUGAUGGCUUUGCCAUGACUGGAGAUCCCAAUAGCGCAUCGCUUGGAGUUCGCCCAAAUAGCGGCCCAGACGACACGGGUAUGGGCCGUGACGAAAAUAUGAUAAACAACUCCCUACAUCAAUUCGCGCCGAUGAAUACCGGCCAGUCUCACAUAAACGUUGAACCUGGCAUGAGGGGAUUUGCGCCAAACAUGUCCUCUCCCCUACAUGGCCAUCUACCAGUCAUGCCCACCCAACAAAAUGCUUCGCCAAUGGACAUGACUCGGCCAAGUCCCUCUAGCGGUGCGACUCCUAUCAGCGAUCAGUCAAAAGAAAGGACCAUUUACUCCAAGAGUGGUUUCGAUAUGCUGAAAGCGCUAUGGCUAGUUGCCACUCGAAAGGCCCCAAAAAUCCACCUGGGCGCUGUCGAUAUGUCUUGUGCCUUUGUCGUCUGUGAUGUCACGAUGAAUGAUUGUCCCAUUAUAUACGUAUCUGAUAACUUCCAGAAUCUCACUGGAUACAGCCGCCAUGAAAUUAUUGGACAAAACUGUCGCUUCCUUCAAGCACCCGAUGGAAAGGUUGAAGCCGGAUCAAAGCGAGAGUUUGUGGACGACGGAGCCGUGUUCAACCUCAAAAGAAUGAUUAAGGAGGGCCGCGAAGUGCAACAGAGCUUAAUCAACUACCGCAAGGGAGGAAAGCCCUUUCUUAACCUCUUGACGAUGAUACCUAUACCCUGGGAUACUGAUGAAAUAAGAUAUUUCAUCGGCUUUCAGAUCGACCUUGUUGAAUGCCCUGACGCCAUCUCUGGUCAAGAAAUGGGAGGCGUCAAGGUGAACUACAAGCACAGCGAUAUUGGCCAAUAUAUAUGGACUCCACCACCAUCUAAUCAUUUGGAAUCCGAGAACGGCCAGACACUUGGGGUGGAUGACGUUUCUACCCUCCUUCAGCAGUACAAUCCGAGCGGGCUCGUUUCAGAUUGGCAUAAACAGUCGUGGGAUAAGAUGCUUUUGGAAAAUGCUGACGACGUCGUCCACGUUAUAUCACUUAAAGGACUCUUCCUUUACCUAUCGCCUUCCUGCAAACGUGUUCUCGAAUACGAUGCCGCUGACCUGGUUGGAAACUCUUUAUCCUCUGUUUGUCAUCCUUCAGACAUUGUUCCCGUCACGCGGGAGCUGAAAGACGCAACGGCGGGCACUCAUGUCAACAUUGUUUUCCGAAUACGGCGAAAACAAAGUGGAUAUACGUGGUUCGAAAGUCACGGGUCUCUAUUUGUCGACCAAGGCAGAGGGCGCAAAUGUAUCAUCUUGGUCGGCAGGAAACGGCCAGUCUUUGCUCUCAGUAGGCGUACCUUGGAGGCUAAUGGCGGCAUUGGCGACAGCGAACUCUGGAGCAAGCUGUCUACAUCUGGCAUGUUACUCUCAACUUCGACAAAUAUUCGGUCACUUUUGGACUUACAGCCUGAAUCGUUGAUUGGGACAAGCAUCCAAGAGUUGAUGCGGAAAGAGUCACGAGCUGAAUUCGGACGCGCGAUUGAAAAGGCGAGAAGAGGGAAAAUAUCUACCUGCAAACAUGAAAUGCUCAAUCGGCGAGGCCAGGGCCUCCAAGCUCAAACCACUCUAUAUCCUGGGGAUGCUCUGGAGGGUCAAAAGCCGUCUUUCCUCCUGGCCCAAACAAAGCUCUUGAAAGCAUCAUCUCGCCAUAUUCCUUCAUCUCUAACUGCGGGCAGCUCACUAUUUGUCACCAACCGUCUGCAUAACCAGGGAAGCCUUAGCGGCCAAGUUUCACAGCCAGCAGGUGGAGCACUCCCACCUGGAUCUCAAGAUGCUGCUCUUGCGUCAGACGACAAUAUUUUCGAUGAACUCAGGACGACAAAAUGUUCAAGUUGGCAAUUCGAGCUUCGGCAGAUGGAAAAAAUCAACCGAAUCCUGGCAGAGGAGCUUGGCGGCUUGCUGUCAAACAAAAAGAAACGGAAGAGGAGAAAGGGGGUUGGAAAUGUAGUUCGCGACUGCGCCAACUGCCAUACUAGAAAUACUCCAGAGUGGCGGAGGGGACCGAGUGGACAGCGAGAUCUGUGCAAUAGCUGCGGUCUACGCUGGGCUAAACAGACCGGAAGAGUAUCUCCGCGCAAUUCUACGCGAGGUGGUCAUACCGGAAACACCGAUUCACAGAGUAAGAAGUCAACAUCUCCAGUCCACUCUUCGCCUCUACACAGGAGCGAAACUCCGAAUCCAACUCCCAGCAACGGCGAAGGUACCCUUGACCUCGCGCAACUCGCGCAUAAGACGGCCGCUGCAGCUGCAGCCGCCAUCAGCACAGGCUCAAUAUCAAUAGCAGGACAGCAUCCCGCAUCAGCAAUGCCGCCUCCAAGUCAAUCAUCUUUAGCUACUGGGACUAUCAGUUCAGGAAUGGCUUCAAUACGAGAAGAGCGAGAAAGUAGUCAAACUUAA